AUAUGUGAAUACAUACACUAUCUAUCAUCAAACUCUGUAGUUGUAAUAAAAUGACAUGGUUGAGAUAAAUAUUAUCAGUAGGCUGUAUGAUUCUUUCUAUUUCGUCUUCUUCCAAGCUAUGCCAUUCUGUCACUGUUACAAUUAUCGAAACUAUAAACCCUAGCUACCUUUCUCUAUGCCUUUUGGGCCUCACCAAAACUUCCAGCAUUAAGCAUAUUUUUUUUUUCUGCUUGCUUUGACAUCAAACCACCCCUUUUGAUUCUAGUCAACAAUUAUUUGCAAAAUAGAAAAAAUUUGAAACUUUUUCUAUAAAUCAAGAAAAUCAUUGCUUAAACCCUCGUAAAAAUGGGAUUUUUAGCUGGAAUUGAUCAUAAUUCCAAGUUAGGGUUCAGUAAUUCUUUCUAUUUUCCCCAGAAUAAGCUUCUUGGUGCUCGGUUUUCUACUAGAUUGAAAACCCCCAAUUCUUGUUCUAGGUUAUUGGGAACUUUCUGCAGCUUGAAAACCCAUAAUUCAGUUGUUUUGAAUAGAGGGAAAGUUCGAGAAUUUGGGUUUUUGAAGUCAGUUGAGCUGGAUAAGUUUAUCACCAGUGAUGAUGAGGAUGAAAUGAGUGAAGGGUUUUUCGAGGCAAUCGAGGAGUUGGAGCGAAUGACGAGGGAGCCUUCGGAUGUUCUUGAGGAAAUGAAUGAUCGGUUAUCGGUUAGAGAACUGCAGCUUGUGUUGGUUUAUUUUUCUCAAGAGUAGGGGAGGGAUUCUUGGUGUGCAUUGGAAGUGUUUGAUUGGCUUAGAAAGGAGAAUCGGGUGGAUAAGGAGACGAUGGAGCUUAUGGUUUCGUUGAUGUGUUCAUGGGUUAAGAAGUUGAUUGAGGAAAAGAAUGAGGUGGGAGAUGUGGUUGAUCUUCUUGUUGACAUGGAUUGUGUUGGGUUGAAACCGAGUUUCAGUAUGAUUGAGAAGGUGAUUUCGUUAUAUUUGGAAAUGGGGGAGAAGGAUGGAGCAGUUUUAUUUGUGAAACAAAUUUUAAGGAAGGGGAUUUCUUAUUCGGAUAAUGAUGGGCAAGGGCAUAAAGGAGGUCCAACGGGUUAUCUUGCUUGGAAACUGAUGGAGGAAGGAAAUUUUAAGGAUGCAAUUAAACUUGUAAUUGACUUUAAAGAAGCUGACUUGAAGCCCGAGGUCUACAGCUAUCUGAUUGCAAUGACAGCUGUUGUUAAAGAGCUUAAUGAACUGGCCAAGGCUUUACGCAAGUUAAGAUCUUUCAGGAAAGCUGGCCUGAUCACUGAACUUGAUGGAAACAACGUUCAGCUUAUUGAAGGGUAUCAGUCGGAUCUUAUAGCUGAUGGAGUGCGCCUGUCUGAUUGGGUUAUGCAAGAGGGAGGCCCAUCCCUUCAAGGCGUGGUACUUGAGCGCCUCCUUGCUAUGUAUAUCUGUGCUGGUAAGGGACUGGAGGCUGAAAGGCAGUUGUGGGAGAUGAAGCUUGUGGGCAAGGAGGCAGACGGAAAUCUCUAUGAUAUUGUGUUGGCAAUAUGUGCUUCUCAGAAUGAGUCUGAUGCUAUUGCAAGGCUGCUUACAAGAGUGGAAGCCACAAGUUCCUUGCGAAAGAAGAAGACUUUGUCAUGGUUAUUAAGAGGCUACGUCAAGGGAGGUCAUUAUAGUGAUGCUGCAGAAACAUUGAUCAAAAUGCUUAAUUUGGGUUUGUCUCCGGACUUUCUAGAUAGGGCUGCUGUGCUACAGGGUUUGAGAAAGAGGAUCCAGCAAUCUGGCAAUGUGGAAACAUAUCUCAAACUUUGCAAGCACCUCUCUGAUGCAAGCUUAAUUGGACCAUGCCUUGUAUAUAUGUAUUUUAAGAGAUACAAGCUUUGGAUCACGAAAAUGAUUUAAUAACUCCUGCUGGAAAGAAGCUACCCUAGAAGCUCCAAGUGUGGUAACUACUUGCAGAACCGUAUGCAGACCCAGUUGUUAUUGAUCAUCAAGAUCCUGUGUGUAUAUAAAUACUGUCUAUAUGAAGUUUCUGUGUAUAUAAUAUAUAUGUCGUAUAUAUAAUAGUAAUGGUUGGCUCGAGAACGUUAGCAGGCAGAUGGACCAACGAAUCACGAUCAUGAGGUCUCAAAGUGCUCUUUCUGCACUAUCCUCAUGCUGUUUAUGUAAUGUAGUGCAGUAAAAUUGUACAAACAUAAUAAAUAUCAUAUAAAUUCCAUUGGAGAAGCUAUA